UGCACAUCACAGGCUCAGAAAGUGCAAACCUCACCCGAAGCACGGCAGCUACAGAGGACCAUGGCAUUUUCAGGGAUGCUGAGCGACGAGGACAUCAAGGCUGCGGUCCAGGCAUGUCAAGCUCCAGGCACAUUCGACUUCAAGUCAUUCUUUGCACAAGUGGGACUGACCGGCUCAUCUGAGGUUGAAGGGAAAAAAGUGUUUACAGUCCUGGACCAGGACAUGAGUGGAUACAUCGAGGAGGAGGAGCUCAAACGUUUCCUUCAGAAUUUCUCCCCGGGGGCGAGGGAGCUGACUGUGGCUGAGACCAAGGCUCUGAUGGCUGCAGGCGAUAAGGAUGGUGAUGGCAAGAUCGGGAUGGAAGAGUUCUGUGACAUCCUGAAAUAGAAAGAAUAAACAUCUUUGACAACGGCCGUCUCUCCCUAUUUUAAGAUAACAGGUUUUAUUAUGGAAAUCCUGAUUUUUCCAGAUUGUUUGAUGCAAAGACCAGAUAUUCACCUUGGAUAUUCUCUACCUGCCUGCUGCUCUCCCUUUUGAUGUGAUACAAUGAGAUGUUUGGUUGCCAGACGCCUAAAGCUGGAUAUUAGUUGUGUGUAUGUUUAAUCAAUCAGGUACCUGGAAUAAGUUAAUAAAUUUAUUUAA